AUUAUUUUAUAUGGUAGUUCAGAAUCUGCCCCUUUUAAUUCUCUUCCCGAAUCCGUGUCUUGUUAUUCUCCCUCCCAAACCGAAAUCUGAAUCCAUUAUUAUAAAAAUUCAAAACCCCAAACUUUUUCCCGCGGUAGCAGACUUAGAUCACCGCACAGCAGACAACAGUUGAUUCGCACGGAAAAAACUUAUUGAGUUAUUGUGAUCCUUUAUUUCGUGUGCAUUUAUAAAACAAGGAGGAUAAUAUCUCUGACAAUUUCUAUAGUUUCAAAGUGGCGGUGUAAUUUGGUAUCGGAAGAUAUGUUGCAGUGGAUGGGAGGAUCAAGGCGGAAGGUUACAGCUUCUAGGAAGUCAACACAAAAGAGGCAAAAGCAGUACUUUGAGCAAAGGAAACGACAGCAGCUGCAGUCAGAGGUUGCGUAUACAGAAAAUAAUGUUGAUGGUUUAGCUACACAUGACGAUGAAAAGAGAAAUCGAUCAUUGGAUAUCUUAAGUCUUCUCAAUGUUUCAAAAGUUACAGAACAAAGCAAGCCUUUGUAUGGCAUUGAGAAUGGAUUGAGCAUGACUAACAAAGCCACUCGUACCAUUCAAGAUCUGGAUUCAAGUAUGUAUCUACUAGCUGCACAUGCUUCAUGUGUUAGCUUUACAUUUAUUGCAUUCAGAAUGAUGUCAUUCCUUUCCAUGGCUUUCCAUUUCAUAUUCAAAGUUCCUACAAAGAAGUCUGAAGGCCAUGCCUUUCCAGCAAGUUAUCACACGUCCAAAAGUACUCCAAAUCAAAUGAUUGAUGAGCCCACUGCUACAGAGUUCACUUUACCUAGUCAAACAAGGGAACCAUCACCGUGUAAACUGGAAAGAUUGUCCUCGAAAAAAUCAGUAGAUGAUCAUUGUGGAAACUCUUCAUAUGGAAAAAAUAUGGAUUCAGAAUACUUAAAGAAUGCUUCCUCAGUACAACCAUCAUUAUUUGAAAUAAUUGGUGAUGAUGGAGCAAUAGACACUUUAGACAAAGAACCUGUGCAGGAGGCUCAUGUUGCAUUCUCCAUUGAAGGUUUAGGGAAAGUAGGAACUGAAACACCUAUGCAGUCGCCACAACAUCUUGGAAGUAUGCUAAAUGGUGAUCAGUCCUCAUUUACAAAGGCUGCUAAGAAAAUGAAUUCCUUUAAGAACUUCAAUACAUUGCGGGAUGAACUUGCAACUGAUGUGGAUUGCUUGAUGGAGGAUGUUGAAAUACCGUCUCGACACAAUCUCCUAUCUAGAAAUAAACUCGGUCCGUUUAGUGACAGUGAGCAUGAACUAUCAACUUCCAAAGAUUGCAUGCAUUAUGAUGUCAAGCAAUACAAGAUGAAUUCUCAUUGUGACGAAGACGAAGCUGGAUAUGUUAAUUUCUGGAAUGCUAGCUCUUCCUUCUUGGACUAUCCUGAGGUUGAUGAGAAAUGUGGCGUGAACUGGAAGAAUUCUGAUCCUAUUGAUAACUCUUUUGUCUGGAGAAAUGAUUCAUCAGAUUUUAAUAUUGAAAGGUGUUAUUCACCACUGAGGUGGCAAGAGAAAAUGCCUGAUAAUAUUUUAGAUGGCAAUUUCCAUUUUGCAUCCUUCGAUGAACCUAAGUACUCUUCCUCUAUGUGCAAUUAUCAUCCACAAGAUCGCUUCUCUCAUUUUAUUAAUCUGAAAGAUACGGGGGAUAGCUUGGCCUCAUUAGGCGGAGAAACUUCUUCGUCCGCUGCAGUGAGGGGUGGGUGCAGUACUGAUAUGCCAUCUGCAAGACGCAGAAAAAGACAUGGUGGGAAUGUGAACAUGGUAUUAGAGGUAAAUGAUGAAGGGUUUCAGUACCUAACGUCCACUUCCACUUCAUUGAGACAAGAAGCAUGUAAAUCAUCUAGGAAACAUACCAGAUCGAGUUCAUUGCAUUCCAAGUCUCCCUUCUUUUCACAGGCUCCUGUCUAUGAACAUGAAGGUCAUUGCUUAUUCAAAGAAGAGUUCUCCUUGCCCAAAAUAAAUUCACAACUUGGGUCUACCUUUGGGUCAUUUGAGAAAAACCAAAACCUGGGAGGAGAUUCGUUCAGCCUUUAUACUGGAACUGACUUUUGUAGAUCUAAAUUCUCUUUUAAGGGUUCUGAGAAAGAUACUCCAAUCGAGUUUACCUCAGAAAAUUUUGACGCUCGCCAACCUUUCCGUUCAAGGAAAUCCUUUAAUUCCUCUUUCAUCUCAAAAUCUGUUUUUGGGGACACCUUGCUGGAUGCACGUGACGUAGAAGUCCAUAUCCAGUCUUCAAGCCCUCCUGAGACUUAUGGGGACAUUGAAUCUCCUCUUUCGCCUGAGUUGUCAGCGCAGGAAAGUGUCACUGAGAAUGUGGAGAACUGUUCUAAGAGUAAGACACCAUGUCCGGAAAAACUCAUCCAAGUCUCCACCGAAAUUAAGGAUGUUCCAUCAGAAAGAAGGUUGCCAAUUCAAGAAAUGAUUGUAAAAAACUAUAGUGGAUCUCGUAAAUUAGCUAAUAAUGGUAUCUCUCAAGAAGUAAGAGCAAAUGCUGUGGAAGCAAAUGCAGAAGAUACUUCUUUGUCCAUCAAGUUGACACGUGACUCAGAUGAAGAGCCGAAAACUCCUACAGAAUUGCAAGGCGGUACGCCUCCUCUUUGUCAACAGAAGGUCAAAGUUUCUGUGGAUGAUGUUCGGUGUUAUGCGGGCAACAAUAUGGCUUACUAUGACAAUCUCAAAGGACCGGAACCAAAGACUGGAUUGACUGAUCCAUGUUACCAAGUUAUGACAGUUGAAAGGUAUGUUUUAAAACUAUUCAGUCCAAAGGGAAAAGCUGCUUUCUGGAAUUCCGUGAAGCUGCUCUGAUGUGGUGCGUCCGUGUGUACAUUAUGUAGACACUAAAAUCAUCAUAUUAAGGACAUUGAUGAUAGUCAUGUAGUCAUUUGUUUCCUGCCACACAAGCUGAUUUGCAGCUCUGUACUGCCUAUUGAUAACAAUAUAAAUUUACAUUGUGUGUGAAAUGUGAAUGCAUUGGAUGUGAACAAGUCCUUUAUUGGUGUUUAUUUCUCCCUCCUUUGUGUGACGGAGAAAGCUACUUUUUAGUCAUCGGAACUAGUUUGUUCAGUAUUUAAGUACAAACUACAAUAUUGCCGUAUUAGAAGGAAGAAUUAUUGCUUCAUCUCACUGCUGAUGCAGACGGACCUUAGUAAAGGCAAAUGUUUGGGGUCAAUUUAUAAAACCAAAAUGUAUUACCAUUACACUAAAAAUAUGGCUUAGGGGUUAAGAAACUCUUCUAUGAGACGGUUUAAGUUGCACAUGUUCUAUUUGAAGUAUUAUGACUCAUAUUGUAAUCGAUAUCUAAAAUUUUGAAACUAAUCUUUAAAAUUUUAAAAUUUACAUUUUAAGUCUUAAAAUUAAUCUUUUAAAUUAAAUUAAUUUUUUA